CCGAGAACCUGAAAUUUCACACAACUGCGCAUGAUCAAUCACCUUUUCGAAUGCUUCCGGUGUAAUCAUUGACAUCAUCAACAGCAAACACGAAAUUGUGAAUAAUGUCUUACGCUUAUCUAUUUAAGUAUAUUAUAAUUGGUGACACGGGAGUUGGAAAGUCUUGUUUGUUGCUGCAGUUUACAGACAAACGAUUCCAGCCAGUCCAUGACUUAACCAUUGGCGUCGAGUUUGGUGCCCGUAUGAUAUCCAUUGAUGGGAAGCAAAUCAAACUCCAGAUAUGGGAUACUGCUGGUCAAGAAUCAUUUCGUUCCAUUACACGUUCCUACUACAGAGGGGCUGCUGGGGCAUUGCUUGUUUAUGACAUCACAAGGCGAGACACAUUCAACCAUUUAACAACUUGGCUGGAGGAUGCUAGACAACAUUCCAAUUCAAACAUGGUCAUCAUGUUGAUAGGAAACAAAAGUGAUUUGGAGGCAAGGCGUGACGUGAAGAAGGAGGAGGGUGAGGCAUUUGCACGGGAACAUGGACUUAUAUUCAUGGAGACUUCAGCAAAAACAGCAGCAAAUGUGGAAGAAGCUUUUAUUAAUACAGCAAAAGAAAUAUACCAAAAGAUACAGGAUGGUGUAUUUGAUAUUAACAAUGAGGCCAAUGGAAUCAAGAUUGGGCCACAGCAUUCUCCCAGCAAUCCCAGCAUGCCUUCUGGCGGUGGUAACGCAGGGCCUAGUGGCAACUGUUGCUAAGAUACACUCCUCAUUGUGUUCCGUUCUCAUCACAUUCAUGUGUCUCUUGGGUGAAUAUUGGUACAGUGUUGGAUCAUUGAAUGGCAGACAUUGUGAACAACUUUCAGUUAUAGCUUGUUAUGUGGGAUUAAGCUCUAAACACAAGUAAUUAAAAAAUUUGAUUAACAAGUUUAAUUGAUGUUUUGUAUUGGCUUUAUAAAAACAUGGCAUUUGAAUUUUGCAAGAUUUAGCUUCCCAUAAUUCUAGAAUCGGAAAAUAAAUGGGUAAAGAAUAACAAACUAAUUUGGUUUUUGUCAACAAAUUGUUUUCAUAGACAAUAUGACAUACCUGUGUUGUUUAUCGUUAUGUAUAAAUGCUGUUGUAAUAUUGAAUUUUGUUGGAAAAUAUCAAGACAGAAUAUGUCUUGGAUUUAUUGAGUGUUGUUUAGUGAUUAUUGGUCAACACCGAAUUUAUUGCUUUUAUUAAGAAUUCCAUUUUACUUGUCCAGAUAUAGAAUAUUAUUAUAUACCUAUUUAUAUCAUCCAAACAGUUUAAAGUCAUUUCUAACACAUGACCUUCUUAUAUUCUUCUUUAUUUGACAAGUGUGCAUCCAAUAUUUGCCAUAUUGGAUGCUCCUAGUUUAACCUUAGAUUCUGAAGUCUUCUCUGAAAGUAUCCUUAAGGGAAAUAAAUAUACUAAUAAUAUACAUCGUUAGAAAUUCAUCCAAUUGCAAAUUUGGCAAUAAGCAGUUUAGCAAUGCAAAUAACUGAAUAAUAAUAUAAGAGGUAUAUAAUAAAAAGCCUUUCUUCUCUCUUCCAAUAUGGAAUGUAAGCCAUAUACUUGUCCAGCUAUAUCAUGACAUUGCACACAACACUGUUAAAUAACCUAUUUUAGGUAAUAUUUUAUAUACUAGUAGUUUACUAUUCUCUCUUCUUUGUUGAUUUUUGCUUAUUUUGUAAUUUUAGUUAUUAAAAAAGACUAACUCAUACUUAUGUUUAAACAUGGUGCAUAUUAUUAAGAAAUAAAGAAUAUUUUAAGUAACUUACAUAAUGCCAUUCCAUUAAAGCUUGCCAAUAAUAAUUUGGUACUUACUUUUUGCAUGAUUAUAUUAAAGUAUCAUGACACAAAAAUUAUAAGUUUCCACACGUGUCUUGAUAAGUAUACUUUCAUGGGGUCAUGAAACUUAAUGUGCCCAAACAAAACCAAGUGAAAAUAUAGGAAACAAUCCAAGUGUGUAAUGUAAGCUAAUUGAGUUCAAAAGUGUCAGGUAAUAUUUUUUUAGCUUUAAAAUAAAAGUUCAUGACAUAUAUUCUUGUUGCCAGUAACGUUAAACGUCCUUUGCAAAUAUAUACAUUAAUAUGAUUACUGUGACACUGGUUUUAAUUUCUUGAAUUUAUAGAUGCACAAACUGACUGCCAAUAUUACUGUUCUUAUCAGCAACUAAGAACAAUAUUACUGUUCUUAUCAGCAACUAAGAACAAUAUUACUGUUCUUAUCAGCAACUAAGAACAAUAUUACUGUUCUUAUCAGCAACUAAGAACAAUAUUACUGUUCUUAUCAGCAACUAAGAACAAUAUUACUGUUCUUAUCAGCAACUAAGAACAAUAUAACUGUUCUUAUCAGCAACUAAGAAUAAUAUUACUGUUCUUAUCAGCAACUAAGAACAAUUAUUAUUGUCUUCUCAGCAACUAUACACAAUAACUUGUUGGAGUAUUGUUUAUUUUAUUGUAUCUCAUUUCCUGUAGUUGUGUUGUGUAUCAUAUAGCUUACCAUGCUUCCCUAUAUGUACCAAUUUAUCAUUGACAUGUAAUUGCAAGCUCUCAAAAGCUAUCAAAUUGUUUGGCAUGUCAAAGUAUCUCAGAAUUUAUUGGAUUAAUCCUUUCCUUUUAUUCAUUGUUAUGGUAAAAAUCAUAUAAUUUGAAGAAAAAACUAACAUUUUGAUUUAUUGGAAUUAGUAAAUGCAUAUUCAUCUCUGUAUUGUUAGAGAUUACAUAUAUUUAUAUAUAUAUUGUAUAUUUGUUUUUACUUUUUUGUUUCUUUUGUUACGGUCUGUUUACCCUAGGUACAAAUUUGUGCAAUUAUUAUAAUUUGUAUAUGUGACUUGCAAAACGUUUAUUUGAAAAUUGUAAUUAUGUAUGCGAGGAUAAAUAGUAUACACAAACUAUUUUUAACUUGUGGCAUAUUAUCUGACCAACAAUUAAUUGAUAUUUCAACUAUAAUUUUAUAACUUUAUUAUAUCUUUAUAUAUGUUAGAUGUUGCAUGUGAAAACCAUUUGGUAGUAUAAUUAUGUAUUUGAUGUCUAGAUGGAAAUAUAGUUGUAAAUUAUGAUGUUUCAAUUUCAUUGAGAAGCUUAAAAUGUGUUGCCCAAGUACUUUGUCAAAACUAAUACAUACUUUUCAAUUGUUAACUCAUGUAAGUACAAAUCUUCAGUAGUAAAAACACACAUAUUGUAUUGCAAUUUGUUUAGAAUAAAAGGGAUCAGUCAUA